UGUUGCUAGUAACGAUGAUUCAUCUAUUUUAUUGCUAUAUAAAGUUCAUCGUGUAGCUUUGGUAUCAUUCAGUAAGUUAUAGUUGUCGAGUGUGUACGUAGUAAUUAGUGAUACAGAAUGUCGUUGUACUAUAUCCCUCUCACGGUAAUAGCGUUAUGUGCCGCUUUAUAUUUCUACUUCACGAGGACAUUUAACUACUGGAAAAAGAGGAAUGUUCCCGGACCUGAACCAACAGCCUUGUUUGGAAACUUUAAGGAAUCAGCUCUGCGUCGUAAGAAUAUCGGGGUAGUGGUACAGGAACUUUACAAUUCCUUCCCAAAUGAGAAAGUUGUCGGCAUAUACAGAAUGACCACACCCAGCCUUCUUAUUCGCGACCUAGACGUUAUCAAACAUAUCAUGAUCAAGGACUUCGAAUUAUUUGCUGAUCGUGGGGUGGAAUUCAGCAAAAAAGGAUUGGGACAAAACUUGUUCCACGCUGAUGGUGACACAUGGAGAGGUUUAAGAAAUCGCUUCACUCCUAUUUUCACAUCUGGGAAGCUCAAGCGCAUGUACUACCUGAUGCAUGAGCGCGCUGACAAAUUUAUAUCGUUCCUGCAAAGGGAAAUCGAGAAAUCCCCUGAAUUCGAAAUCCACGGGCUAGUACAAAAGUUUACUGUUUCAACAAUCACUGCUUGUGCGUUCGGGUUAGACAUCAAUACGCUGGACGAAAAAGUCGAAGCCCUUGAAAUUAUCGACAAACUCGUUUUGGAAGCCAACUUCGGCCUCGAACUAGACAUGAUGUAUCCCGGAAUUUUGAAGAAACUGGGUAUUUCUAUUUUCCCCGGUAAAGUACUAUCCUUCUUCAAAGUCCUUGUGAAUAAUGUCAUCAAUAUGCGUAAUGGCAAGCCAACAGACCGCAACGACUUCAUGGACUUGAUGUUGGGCCUGCGUGAAAUGGGAACUGUCACAUCUAAUAAACUAGGAAGUGCUGAUACAUCUGUCGACAUAACGGACGACGUUGUCGCUGCUCAAGCUUUUGUCUUCUACGUCGGUGGAUACGAAACUAGUGCUACCACUGUAUCCUACCUUUUGUACCAGCUGGCAUUAAACCAAGAUAUCCAAGACAAGCUUGUUAAAGAAAUAGACGAAGAAUUAAAACAAAGCAACGGGGAAGUAACAUAUGAUUGCCUCAUGAAUAUGAAAUAUUUGAAUAAAGUUUUCGAUGAAACUCUUCGGAUGUACUCAAUUGUGGAACCAUUGCAAAGAAAAGCCACCGUCGAUUACAAGAUUCCCGGAACUGAUGUGACCAUUGAAAAGGACACUAUUCUGUUAGUAUCCCCAAGGGGUAUACAUUAUGACGAGAAAUACUAUCCCAAGCCUGAAGUAUUCGACCCGAGCAGAUUUGAUGCCGAAGUAGCUGGAGCACGACACCCUUGUGCUUACUUGCCGUUUGGACUCGGACAAAGGAAUUGUAUUGGAAUGAGAUUCGGAAGGCUUCAAUCUGUCCUCUGCGUCGUGAAGAUGUUGAGCAAAUUUAGGAUCGAGCCUUCGAAAAACACUAAGCGGGAUCUUGGCGUUAAACCGAGCAAGAAUCUGAUUGGACCGGACGGUGGUAUCCUAGUCAACAUUGUACCCCGACGAGACAUUAAAACAUAAAACGAAUAGGACGAUACUAAUGGAAACCAAACUUAUAAACUUAUACCGGUUAAAUAUGUGCAUCAUGUUAGUCGCAUCAGUGAAACUUAAUAGCAGUAGGAAUAAAACUAUCUCUGAAUGUAAAUUAAA